AUGGGCGGCAACACAAGUAAAGUCACCGCCCAGGACAAGGCAAUUCUAGACAUGAAGCUCCAACGCGACAAGCUCCACCAGUACCAGCGCCGCAUCACGGUCCUGACAGAUAAAGAGACGGCCAUCGCGAAGCAGAUGCUCGCAAAGGGCGACAAGCCGCGCGCCUUGCUCGCCCUCCGCCGGAAGAAAUACCAAGAGUCCCUCCUGCAAAAGACGGACGCCCAGCUCGAGCAGCUCGAGAAGCUCACGUCGUCGGUCGAGUUCGCCAUGAUCCAGAAGGACGUCGUGUUCGGUCUGCAGCAGGGUACCAAGGUGCUCAAGGAGAUCCACUCCGAGAUGGGCGGCAUCGAGCACGUGGAGAAGCUCAUGGGCGAGACGGCUGAUGCCAUCGCUUAUCAAAGGGAAGUCAGCGAGAUGCUCGGCGGCCGUAUAUCGGUCCAAGACGAAGAAGAAGUCGAAGACGAGCUCGCCGCCCUCGAGGCCAGCGUCGCCGCCGAAGACGCCAUCCGCAACCCGCCCAAGCUCCCCAAGGUGCCCGACACGAAACUGCCGACCCCGCAGGGCGAAGAGGAAGAGGAGCCCGAGGCGCAGCAGCCGACCCGGACGAGGCAGGCCAUGUUGGCAUCAUGA